AUGGAGAGUAUGGGGAAAGCAAAUAGAAAGGAUAUACUUACACAACCAAAGAGUGACAAAAUGUCCACCACUGAAUCGCUUCUGGACUACCAACGUGAAAUAAAGGAAAAUACAGUAGAGCGACUGAUAUUUCAAAUAAAGAAGCUUAGAGAAAAGAACCAAAAGAAUCAUGAAAGGAACGGGCGCUUGAAGGAGGAGCAGCUCUGGCACUUGAGGAAUGUCCUGAAGGAGCUGACGGAGGAGAAGGCCGGCAGAUUGCCGGUUGUAACAAGGGAGGAUGUGGAAGAAGCAAUGAAGGAGAAAUGGCAGUUUGAAAGAGACCAAGAAAAAUACCUGAAAGAUAUGCGUGUACAAAUAACUAAUGCUGAGAAAAUAUUUCUUGAGAAGCUUGGCGAAAAGGAAUAUUGGGAAGAAUACAAGAACGUUGGGAGUGAACAGCAUGCUCAACUCAUUAUUUCCUUACAAAAUGAUAUCAAUACCGUUAAAGAGAAUGCAGAGAAAAUGUCAGAGUAUUAUAAAGCCACUCUGGAAGAUGCUAGAAAGAAAAUAAACAAGGAAACUUUGUUGCAACUGGAACAAAAGAAGGAAUGGGCUACCCAGAAUGCUGUGAAGUUCAUUGACAGGGGCAGUUAUCGAGAGAUCUGGGAGAAUGACUGGCUAAAAAAAGAGAUUGCAGUUCACAAGAAGGAAGUUGAAGAACUAGAAAAUACUAUUUAUGAAUUGGAAGAAGAAAACUUGCUGCUCAUAGAUCAACUGUUCAACUGUAGACUUGUGGAUCUCAAAAUACCCAGGCAACUCUAUCUUACUCAAGCCACUGGGCAGGAAGUGCCACCUGGAGAAAUGAUUUUGCAGUUCUCAGGCAAACAAAUAGAAGAGCCACCAAUAUUAGAAACUACAGACUUGGAAUCUGUAGAUGAGACCCGCGGCUUUAGCGCUAAAGGCCACGCUGACGAUGCCUGGCGCCUGAAGGCGUGGGAGGAGUUUGGUUCCUGCACUGAAGUUGGCAGUUCUCCUCUGAAAUUUUUGCUAUAUGAAGAUGAUCGGGAUUUCAAGGAUUAUUCAAACCUGGGUCCCUUGGCAGUGAAGCUUAUGAGUGUGCAGAGCAAGAAAAUGCCUAUUCAUUUUGAAGAAAAGGAAAUUCCUGCCAAAUUGUUUGAGGAAAGCAGCCCAGAAGCCUGCAUCACUUACAAGAUGAUGAAGUCUUUUCUCUAAGUCUGCAGCGACAGAAUGAAAACAACUCGUCCUUCUAAAUGCCCCAGGAAUGAUAAAUCCCACUUGC